CUCUCUCUCUCUCUCUUUUUUAUAUAUUAAUUUUAUUUAUGGAGUUGAAUUAUUUUAAUUGCUCUUUAUGUGCUUUACUCUUGGGUUUUAAUGGAAUUUUACAUUGGUUUAAUUAGGAUGUAGUGAAAUUAGUUAAAAGUGUUGAACUUUACCGAUUUUAUACCAAUUAGAAAAGGAAUUAUAGUGAUUCAUGUAAUAAUCAUUAAGGUUUGCCUCUAUUACCCCCAUUUGUGGUGGACCUUUUAUCGAAUGGCUUCUGAGCUGCCCUAUUAUACAAAUAUCAAUAAGAUUUGCCUUUAUUAGACCCGAUUUGUGGUGCCACCUUUUAUCGGUGGCUUUGUGCGGUGAGCUGCCUUUUUAAUACCAUUAUCAAUAAGGUCUACUACACCCGAUUUGUGGUGGGACUUUUUAGCGGAUUAUGCUUUGUGCAGUUAGCUGCCCUUUAAUACAAGUAUCAAUAAGGUUUGCCUCUAUUACGCCCGAUUUGUGGUGGGACCAUUUCUCCAAUCCUUAUUGGACACGUUGAUUCAAGAGGGAAAUUAAGUAUGGUGGAUGCAGUAGUCAGUGUAUUUAUGGAAAGACUUAUGAAAAUCAUUGAAAAGGAAGGCAAUGUUCUUCUUGGAUACAAGGCUGAGUUUAAAAAGAUACAAACUGAACUCGUAUUCAUGCAAAGCUUCAUUAAGGACGCGGAGAGGCUCAAACGAAAAAACGAGACUUUGAAAGUUACUCUGGCAGAUUUACGAGAGUUAGUCUAUGAGGCCGAGGACAUACUUGCAGAUUGCCAAUUACUGUCAUAUAGUUCGGGAAAACUUCUUGAUGUCACUAAGAAGGUUCCGGCCAAGUACUAUAUUGGGAAUCGACUUUUGGACAUCAAGGAAAAAAUCACUAGUAUUAAAGAUAAGAUUGUAUCUUACCUUACCCCUAUUUCUCAAUCUAUUCAAGGCACUGUGCAAGAAGAGGAACUACCUAGAUGGAGUUCUCCCGUCUAUGACCAUACCCAAGUUGUUGGACUAGAAGGCGAUACAAGAAAGCUCAAAGAUUGGUUGUCUCAAGCUGAUAGCAACGGGAUUAUGUCUGUCGGGAUUGUAGGUAUGGGUGGAUUAGGAAAGACUACGGUUGCGCAAACAGUUUUCAACGAUAAAGAAGUCGAAAUCCUUUUCGAGAAGAGAAUUUGGCUAUCGGUGUCGCAAAAGUUCACCGAAGAGCAGAUAAUGAGGAGUAUGUUGAGAAAUCUCGGAGAUGCCAACAUUGGGGAUGAUCGAGGUGACUUACUAAAGAGGAUACACCAAUACCUUUUAGGCAAGAGGUUUUUGAUUGUGUUGGAUGAUGUGUGGAGCGAGGAUACGAAAUGGUGGCGGAGAAUUUACGAAGGGCUACCAAAAGAAAAAGGGAGUUGUAUUGUUGUGACUACUCGAAUCGAGAAAGUUGCGAGACAAAUGCUAGUAAAGGAAGCACGAAUUCAUCGACCUAAAGUCCUUGGUGAAGGUCAUAGUUGGUUGCUUUUUUGUAAUGUGGCUUUUGCCGAAAGUAAUGGUCGUUGUACGUCAAAUGAACUUGAAUGUAUCGGAAAAGAGAUUGUUUCUAAGUGUAGAGGUCUUCCGUUGGCGAUCAAGGCGGUUGGAGGAAUGAUGCUAUGCAAAAACCCGUAUUAUCACGAGUGGAGGCGAAUUGCUGAUCAUUUUCGGGAUGAAUUAGCUGUUAACGACAACUCGGUCAUGGCAUCCCUUCAGUGUAGCUACGAUGAGCUACCAUCAUAUUUGAAGUUGUGCUUCCUCUCCCUUUCGAUUUAUCCCGAGGAUUGUGAGAUAAGUAAAGACCAAUUGGUCCGAUGGUGGAUUGGGGAGGGUUUUGUGCCUCAGAGGAAUAGUAGGCUAGCAACCGAAGCUAGCGAGGAUUGUUUCUCCGGUUUGAACAAUAGAUGCUUAGUUGAGGUGGUUGAAUGGGACUACAACGGAAAGAUAGCAACAUGUAAAGUUCAUGAUAUGGUUCGAGAUCAGGUAAUCAACAUCGCGGAGGAAAAUUCUUUUGCGGGAUCAAGCACCGCACAUUAUCGUCACCAGGGACUGACGUCCGAUGCUAAAGAAAAGCCGAUAAUAACAAGCAAAAAAACGCGGGCAUUAAUAUCCACUCCGAAAAGUGGUGAAGUGAACAAAAUUCCUUCGACUAUAGGGUAUAAAUUUUGUGAUUUUAAGUACUUGCGAGUGUUGGAUUUGUCGAAAUCGAUCUUUCAAGUGUCGCUUGCUCACCUACUCGGCAAAAUUGGCUCCCUAAAACACUUGACGUGCUUCAAUUUAAGCAACACUCAUCCAUUGACUCAAGUUCCUCAAACAUUGGAGAAACUAAGUAACCUUCAAAUAUUGGAUUUAAGUUACUGUCAGAGUCUGAAAUCUCUUCCUCCUUUUGUGAUGACAUUCGAGAAUCUAGUCGUAUUUGACGUGAGCCAUUGUGGGUCCCUCGAGUUUCUACCAAAAGGGUUGGGGAGGCUUUCAAAUCUUGAAGUCAUGUUGGGGUUCAAGCCAGCUCGGGAGGGUGUUGAAGGUUCUAGAAUCUCCGAUUUGCGAAGCUUAAGUCGACUCAGGAUACUAGAACUGCACCUGACUCGAGCUGAUGAAAUCGACGAUGAUGAUGAGACUAACGCCUUAACUGGCCUAAAAGAGAUGCAGAUUUUGACAAUAAACUGUUUUAACAGCUUCGAGAGCGAUAAACUCGUGUCUAAACUCGAGAAAAUCAGUCCACCGUUACAGUUACACGAGCUGUCUCUUAAAUUUUACCCGGGAAAAAUCAGCCCGAAAUGGCUUAACCCGACUUCAUUGCCUGUGCUAUCGUAUCUUUCAAUAUGUGGAGGGAACCUAGCGUGGCUGAAUCAAAGUUUUUGGGGCAACGGUGAAACGUCUUGGGAAAUCAAGGGCAUGAAGUUGGAUUCACUGUCUCAUUUAAGUGUGGACUGGGGGCAAAUUCAGGGUGUAAUGCCAAAGUUACGGACAGUGAACGCUUGCUGGUCUCCAGAACUGGUGUCGUUCCCAAUAGAGGGAGUCGCUUUUAGGGGUGGUGUGUGGAAGGAGGAUCGGAAUAAUUAACAACGACGAGCAUUCUGGAUCCUUCUAGAAGCAGCAUGCCACGGAAAUACAGGGUAAAGUUUGUGUCCCUUACACUCCUGUGGUUUGACCCUUCUCUUGACCCUUGCUUUGUGGGGAGGUUUUGUGCACCAAGCGGCCCUUUUAUAUCUUGUUAGCCUUGGCCCUUGAGCAUUAUGUGCUUUUUCCUAUUGUAUCAUUUUUGUAUACAGUACAUUCAUGGCUUUGGAUUAUGGGUAGCUAUAUAACCAAUGAGUACUAGAACCUGAGAUGAAUUGCUUUAUCAAGCUUCAAUUUGUGUCCUUUUAUAGAUUGAGAAAUUAUGUUUCUUUUUUCGUUGAGGUCAAAGAUAUGUGGUUCUUUGGUUUUGGACUACAAUAAACUAUAAUAAAAUGACUUAUUAAUUUAUGUGCACUUCUUGUUUA